GAGUUAUGAAACCAUUCUAAACCGAUUUAUUACUGUUUUUAGCUCGAUUUUAGUUUAAAUUAGUGAAUUUAAGUCGGCUGUAUUCCCUUCAGUGUAGACUUCCUCUCCCCGGACGAGUCCAUUUUCAGGACGAGACUUUCCCCAACGGUUCAAUUGCUCGGUUCACUUGCAUCAAUUUAGUUGUGGUGCCAGCACUCAUUGACGUUCCUCUAUUUUAGAGUUAAUUUAUUACAAUCACAAUGUGUGACGAAGAAGUAGCAGCUCUGGUUGUGGACAAUGGAUCCGGAAUGUGCAAGGCCGGGUUCGCCGGUGACGAUGCUCCUCGGGCUGUCUUUCCCUCCAUCGUGGGACGUCCUCGCCAUCAGGGAGUCAUGGUGGGGAUGGGACAGAAGGACAGCUACGUCGGUGACGAGGCUCAGUCCAAGAGAGGUAUCCUUACCCUGAAGUACCCCAUUGAGCACGGUAUUGUCACCAACUGGGACGACAUGGAGAAGAUCUGGCAUCACACAUUCUACAAUGAGUUGAGAGUUGCGCCUGAAGAACACCCUGUACUGUUGACCGAAGCCCCCCUCAACCCCAAGGCCAACAGAGAAAAGAUGACACAGAUCAUGUUUGAAACCUUCAACACACCCGCCAUGUACGUCGCCAUCCAGGCCGUUCUCUCCCUGUACGCCUCUGGACGAACCACCGGUAUUGUGUUGGACUCUGGUGACGGCGUCUCUCACACAGUCCCCAUCUAUGAAGGAUACGCGCUGCCCCACGCCAUCCUCCGUCUUGACCUGGCCGGCCGAGACCUGACAGACUACCUGAUGAAGAUUCUCACUGAGAGAGGAUACAGCUUCACCACCACCGCAGAGAGAGAAAUUGUUCGUGACAUCAAGGAGAAGCUGUGUUACGUCGCGUUGGACUUUGAGCAGGAAAUGGCAACGGCUGCCAGCUCCAGCUCUCUGGAAAAGAGCUACGAACUUCCUGACGGACAGGUUAUCACAAUUGGAAACGAGAGAUUCAGGUGUCCAGAGGCUCUCUUCCAGCCUUCAUUCCUGGGUAUGGAAGCUUGCGGUAUCCACGAAACCACCUACAACUCCAUCAUGAAGUGUGACGUAGACAUCCGUAAGGACCUGUACGCCAACACAGUCCUGUCUGGAGGUACCACCAUGUACCCUGGUAUUGCUGACAGGAUGCAGAAGGAAAUCACUGCCCUCGCUCCUUCCACCAUGAAGAUCAAGAUCAUCGCUCCCCCUGAGAGGAAAUACUCCGUAUGGAUCGGAGGUUCCAUCCUUGCCUCCCUCUCCACCUUCCAACAGAUGUGGAUCUCCAAACAAGAGUACGACGAGUCUGGUCCCUCCAUCGUCCACAGGAAGUGCUUCUAAGCGUGACUCUACUGUUAAUAUGUGAAAAGUUUGCUUCGGUUCGGAUCACGGUGAUCCGACAGAACUUUAUUUAUUGAUUACAGUUUAUAAUUUGUAAUCGAAACCUUUACAAGACAUUUAUCGAGUUGUUAAACUUUUAUACUGUCUCAGACGUCGUUUCCAUUCCAUUCGCACUGAGCCGAGAGGUGCGAUCCGUUUAUGUUGCAUUUAUGUUAGUCAGUUGAUAUUUAUAUAGCCUCUGUGUAAGAUUUUGUGAUUAAAAUGUUCGGUCCUAUUUAAUUUUUGUCCUGUAUAUUUUUAUUACGAGCAAUAAAUGUGAACUGCCUCGAGUGUUGGAAAUAAAUCGCUUAGAUUGCUCA